AUGCGUAGGCAAUGUCCUGCUUUGCGGGAAGUUGCUGAGGGACGCAGUAUUUACGAAGAGAAAUUCGAGAAGCACCUACGAAUCCGAGCAUUUUCGCCGCUUGUUCCACUACCACCUGUUGUACGACUGGGGGAGUACUUGCUGCAGUGGCUCUGGACUUAUGUCUGGCAUCUUCCCUUGCAGACGAUACGACUCACCGGCUUCUUUACUCGGCUUGUUCUCUACGUUGUUUUCCUCUUUCCUGGCAUGAUCUUUGGACUAGUGUACUGGGCCUUUGCUGGUGAAGACAUCAUCAGCGUGAACUACAAGGAGAAGGGAGGACGCCGCCACACCUGCGAUAUCUACCUACCAAGCUACAAUGGUGGGCAGCCUCAGAAAGCACCAGUCAUGAUCAUCAUCCCUGGUGGCGCUUUCAUUCUUGGCCACAAGGGCUAUGUGACCAUGCUUUGUAGAGCGCUGCGAAGUGUUGGAUUUCUCUGCAUUGCCGUCGAUUACCGCUACUGGCCUCAAACGACAAUUGACGGGAUGGUGGAGGAUGUGAGCGAGGCUGUUGCAUGGUCGAUGCAGCACUGUGAAACAUAUGGUGGCGAUCGGAAACAGAUAGGGAUGUUGGGACUGUCAUCUGGUGCACACGUUGCUGCACUCCUUCUUACACGUCGUGCAGCGCAAGAGAAGAAGAUGUCAUUGCCAGGUCAGUUGUGGUCGACAUCAGACCUGCUUGGCUUCAUUGGUUUGGGUGGAAUCUACGAGUUGCAUGGCCCCUUCAUGUCACACUUGCAUGCCAAAGGCAUCGAUUUCGUGUUGCAACGCCUCGUGAUGGGGGAAAGUGAAGCCGUGCGUGAGAGCCGAUCGCCAAGUCUUUUGAUUCGACGGGAUAAAGAACUGGGCGCCCGCAUGCCUCCGGUGCUUUUGGUGCAUGGCACCAGCGACAAAAUUGUUCCGCAGGAGCAGUCGGAGACAUUUGAGCGCGCUUUGUCUGCUGCUGGCGUAGACGUGGAACUGAUCUUCAGCAAAGGAGAGGGCCACAACGACCCCGUGAUCCACUGCCCACUAAUGAGCAACCACAACACGGUCAGGGCGAUCCUCCUGGCCAUGCAACGCUGGAGUCCACGGAACAGUUCGGAGGCGGUGCAAAGGCUGCAAGCCCGAGUGAACUUUGAUCCGUUGCCAAGAGCUGGAAGCAUGAGCCAUGCUGCGCAGAAUUCUGCGGUUCAGAGCGAGCGCAAGGCGGCAGCAUUUAGAAAUCUUGGGCUGACGCAAGACUCCCGAGCAACCGUGGAGCAAGUCCUUGACUCCAGAACAAUGCAUGUUCUGAGCAAGUUUCUCAAGCGGGGCCUGUUUGAUGAAAUUCAUGGUUGCAUCAGUACGGGCAAGGAAGCAAACGUUUACUACGCAACAUCUGGAGAUGGCAUCGAGCGCGCGGUGAAAGUCUACAAAACGUCCAUCCUCGUCUUCAAGGACAGGGCGCGGUAUGUCGAAGGCGAGUUCCGCUUCCGGCAGGGCUACUGCAAGGGCAACCCGAGAAAGAUGGUAGCCCAGUGGGCGGAGAAGGAAAUGCGAAAUCUUCGCAGACUUGCAGCAGUGGGCAUUCCGUGUCCAGAGGUGCUUGAUGUUCGGCAGAAUGUUUUGGUGAUGGAGUUCCUUGGUCAAGAUGGAAAUGCUGCUCCGCGGCUCAAGGAUGCUGAGGGUCUCGAUGCCCUUUCCUGGGACCAGCUGUACAUGGACUGCGCCCUUCUGAUGAGAGCAAUGAUGCAGCGUUGCAAGCUGGUGCACGGAGAUCUCUCGGAGUACAACAUGCUGUACAACGAUGCCAAACUGUACAUCAUUGAUGUAUCCCAGUCCGUGGAGAGCGACCACCCGCAAGCACUGGACUUCCUCAAGAGGGAUUGCGUGAAUGUCAACAACUUCUUUGCCAAACGCAUGUCAACAAGAGUGUUGCCAGUGAAGCGCUUGUUCGACUUCGUUGUCUCACGUGAGCUGCCAAGGCUUGGCACAUCUGGGGCGAUAUAUGAUGAUGACUCCGAAGCUUUCAAGGCAUUGAUGGAUGCAGCGGAAAAUGGGGACUUUGACCAAGAGGAUGCAGAUGACGAGGUGUUCAUACAAACCUGGAUUCCUAGCAAUCUCAAUCAGGUUUCUGACCAACGCUCCUUGGACCGAGAGCUUGAGAAGAGGCAGCGCGGGGAGGAAGUGCUCUAUGAACGACUCCUAGCAUGUGACGAAGCAGCGAACGAGGAGGAAGUAGCAAGUACCUCUGAAGCGAAGCAGAUUGCAAACAACAGCGAUGACAACGAUGACGAGUCUGACUCAGAGGCUGAGCACGAUGAAACCAAGAACGACGGGCACAAACCAGAUGGAAUGGACAAGGCUGAAUGGAAACGAAAGGUGAAGGAGGAAAAGCGCGAGAAGCGCAAGGACAAAGUGCCGAAGGUCGAUGAAGCUUGCUUCAUCUUGACAAAUGCAAUGCAGGGACAUGCUGGGACAGAGAUGUUUCUGGGCUUGAUUUUCGGCAACCUGCAGACGGUUUCCAUGUUCGGCAUGUGGCAUGUGCUGCUGACUGCAUUUGCCCUCUGUUCGCCCUACUUUGCCUCGAUGCUGCGCUGUCUCACGAGCGGCGCAAUGGAGUUUCAGGCUUUGAGGCUGGGCUUAGAGAGGGAUGGUGCCAAGCAAUUGCAACGGGCGGAGCCUGAUUGGACCAUCGUCGCCGAUGGGCAAGGAGCAGAAGCAGCAACGGGCAUUUUCUGCGAGGGCGCAUGUCCGGCCCUUCAGGCCAAGGAGACUCAUGCUGGUGGUGAUGCCUUGGAGGGAGCCUUGUCGGGCCUAAGGCGAAAUUUCCUGGAAGUAUCAGAUGAGCUGGAGCAAUGGAAACCGCUUCUGGAGCGCAUGAACGACCGUAUGAUGCUGAUUGAGGACGGUUUGGAAAGCGCUCAAGACAAGGUAGAUAUUGUGUCACAUUCCCCAGCUGCUCCAGCUCUAUGGCUUGCACUUAUUGUCGUGAUUUUCGCUGCUCUCCUCCUUGGCUUCAUCGGCAUCUACUGCAUCUUUACACUUCGGCUGUCGUCAAGGCCUAUCAAAGAGGUGAAGAGACCGGCUUUGCGGGCAGUGCUGCACGCCUUAGCGAUGGAUUCUCCAGCCCCAGAUAGAAGAUUGGAUGCAGAGGUAAUGCGGAGAACCCUGGGCAUCUUGCGGACGAUUGCGCCCCCUGUCAGUUUGGGCGAGGGCCUCGUUGCGGCGAUGCAACGUGAACAAGAACAGCGAGCAGCGGCCCUUCAUGGGUAUUCCAGGGUGCACUUCAAGAACCGGAGAGACUUUGAUGGACCGUGGGAUGUCGAAGCAUCAACGAUGGGGCCGGCAGCGGAGGUGUCCGUUGCACUUGAGGCAAUGGACGUACGCAUCCGACAGCGGAUGCUUAACCUUACAGAGCCACCUCAGUUGGCGGCUUUCGCAGCACACCUGCUUGAAGAGCUGACACAGGCACCCAACAAGCCUUUGCCGGAGGUUGCCGAAAAGGCGGGCGAAAUGGUCCUGCAGGCCUUCACAUCACCUGAAGACCACCGUGCUUUAAUCAUUGCUCUGAAUAUUGCCGCCAGAGCAUUGCCGGGAAACCGAUGGCGCUUCAAGGAGGCAAGCCUCUGCAGCCUAAUGCGAUUGGGCGCCGAUUCUCGCGCCAUCGUGGCCUUGCUGCUGCACGAUCUCGACGAGUGCCUUGGACAAUCCUGGGCCGUGGUCUCCAAGGUUUUUGCUUGCUGUCCUGAACUUGGGGAAGAGGUUGUCAACCUCAUUGAUGAGAAGAAGAGGCUUGAACAGCUGGCCUUGCUUCUUUAUUUGCGAGCGCUGGCAGAGGACAGCGCAGCUCAUCACGGACAGGUGCAGCUUGCCGCUUCGCAGCUUACUCGUUUGCUGUACCUGCGAUGCUCCAAGGACUUUCGGGCUGCAAUGGUUGAGAUCGCAGAGGUAGAGCAGAUUCUGCGCAAUCUCUCCACCGCAGUGGCGAGCAGAUUUGGCCUUCCUGACGAGGGACGGGCUUUGGCUCGUUGUGCUUUGGAUUUGCAUGUGCCCUUGGCCCAUGGCCUUGGCUUCGAUGCUUUGGCCCACAAAGGCAGCGUCAACGAACGAAUCACGCCGUCGCUGGAAAAUCGCGCCUUGCGAUUGUAUUUUCCGGAGGAGUACAGCAUGAUUGAGGCAUGGAUGCGAGAAGAAGAUGAGCUACUAAAUCGAACACUUCAGCGAUGCCUCCGAGAAGUCCGGAGGGCAUUGGAUGCAGAUUCUGACGUGCGGGCACUUGCGGUGUGCAAGGUCAGAGGCCGUGUGAAGAGCGUGUACAGCAUUGUGAAGAAACUUCUCCGGCACCGCGGUGUUUCUCGAGAAGAUCUCAAGGCUCAGGCCAUCAAGGACUUACUUGCUGUGGAAGUUGUGGUUGAUCCCGAUCCUUUGGCAGAGGUCCCGCAGAAUCCAGAGUGGUUGGCAGAAGAGUGGCGAGAACGAGCUGCCUGCUUUGCCGUGUUGGAUGCUCUACAACGCUACGCCAAGACAACGAAGGGUUGGUCCGUGUUGCCGGACUCCACCAAGGACUACAUCACAAAAUCCAAGAAGAGUGGAUACCGUGCUCUUCACAUAACACUUUGCACCAAUGUCACCACGCAGAUGCCGAAGGCAUCUAGCCGAGCGAUCGCCCAGCUGCGGACCGUAGACACAAUGACUUGCAAAUUGGAGGUGCACGUCUUUUCUGGAUCCAUGAAACAGAAGGAGCGCAAGGGUCUAGCCUCUCACCACCUUUACAAGGCCUUUGAGCUGGGUCCAGAUGAGAUCUUCGCCUCGUUGGGGGGACGGGCAGCAGACUCCAUCGCUCCUUCUGAGCUGCGGCGUGCCGUGUUCCCUCUCGAGCGGCUGCACCUUUUCGGGGAGGCCUUCAGUGCGGAUCACAUGGACCGCGAGUUCAGGGAGCUUUGCUCCAGCUGUGACCGCAGCCAGGAUGGCCGCCUUACCUUCGUUGAUGUGCAGAAAGCGCAGCAGCAGGUUUCAACACGACUCGAGGACUUUAGACGUGCACUGGAGCAACGAAAUGCCAACUGGUGGGUGCACGGAGUCCAAACCGGCUACAGGCAGUCGUUGGGUGCUACUUCUUGGGACUGGGCGAAGUAUGCAGCAGAAUUGGAUCCACAGCAGAAGGUGUCGAUGCUGCACAAAGCUCUCGACAUGACCAAGGAUGCUCAUGCCGGACAGGUUCGAAAGAGUGGUGAUCCCUACUGGACACAUCCGCUUGCGGUGGCCGACAUUCUUGCACGAGCUUUGCUCCCCCCCGACUCGACGCUGGAACCCCGAUGGCAAUUGGAUGGCCCUGCCUUGGAGCAGGAUGCUGAAAAGCUUUGGCCUCGAAUUGCCGAUGGCCCUGAUGACAUCUUUGCCAUGUACACUGCUGCCCUUCUGCAUGACACGGUGGAGGACACGAGCGUCACGUUGGAGCAGAUUGAGGAUGCCUUUGGACCAGUUGUGGCGUCACUGGUGGACGGAGUGACUAAGGCAUCUCAGGCCUCAUGCACGAAGUCGAGAGCAUCACGAUCUGCACAGGACCUGAGGAAGGUACUGACCAGGGCUGCUCAAGACGUGCGGGUUCUGAUCAUCAAGUUUGCAGAUCGGCUCCACAACAUGCGGACGCUGGCUGAAGAGACGCGGGCUGUGUACGUUCCGCUGGCAGAGCGAUUAGGCGUGCACAUUUGGAAGACGGAGUUCGAGGAGCUCUGCUGUCAAUACCUAAACGGCUGCGCAUACGAGGAAGUCCUAGACCGAAAUCGACGAUCGCAGGUUGCCAGGCAGCGGCACCGCCGGUACAUUCAGCAAUAUAUCCGAACCAUGAUGGUGGAGAUGACAUCUGACUCCAUCUUGGAGAUUUCCGUACGUGAGGAGCCACCGCACACCCAACUGCGUCGAUGGGCAGACCGUCCGGAGACGGAUACUCCGCAGCCUAUCCCGCGUGUGCGGAUAGUCACAAAGGAUCGGGAUGCUUGCUGGGCUUGCCUCGGACGAAUCCACUCGAUUUUGCCACCAAUGCCCGGCCGGCUGCGGGACUACAUUUCGUCUCCAAAGGAAAAUCUGUACAUGUGCCUCCACACAACUGUGCUCAUGGACGGUACUGCAGUUGAGGUCUACAUCCUGAGUUUGGAGAUGGAGUGGGUUGCCGAGUUUGGGGUUGGCGCUUUUUGGCGCCACAAUGAGGACUUGCAGAGAAGUGAAACUGGAAGAAGCUUCUUGGCGGCCCUGCAUUCAACCUGGAUCUUGCAGGCGUGUGUCAGAUUUGCAGCAUGUGUCGAUGGAGCCAUCAUCAUUGCCGUCCUCGAGCUCGAGGAAUCCACAAAGCCUCGGGCCGCUCGAGAGCCAAGCAAGCUGGGAUCUGCAAACUCGCUCGAGCUCCAAUUCUUCGCUCUUCCCACAUGGUUGACCAAGGAGCUGCUGAUCAAGAAGAUGGAUUGUGUACGCAGUUCAACCACUGUUGAUCUGGCAUGGGUUGAGCAGCGGUUGGCCUCAAGAGGAGUCAUGGAAGCUUGGAGUUUGCUGCAGCGCAUUUCCAAAGUGGCUUCUGAUUUUGCCGGUGGCACAGGCAGCAGGCAGCGUGAUGACAGCGAGGCCACGGGCUAUUGGUCCGCGUCCUUCCAAGACAGCUCGGUAGAUGUACGGUUUCAUUUAAUCGGCGAGGAAAUAGCAGAUGGCGGCGAGCUGCUGGCAGAGCUACAUCGGGCCUACAGUGAGGCUGUGCAUGGCUGUGCAAAAGCAUCUCUUCACGCCAGCUUGAGCAUGGCUGGUUCAUGGCCAGCUCAAGCCAUGCAGGGGCAGGCGACGCGUUGUUGUGCUUUGUGCAUUUGGGAGGCCCUGCGUGAGAAGGUGGCUGUAUUCACACCGACAGGCCGUGUGCUAUAUCUUCCACGGGAUGCAACGCCUCUGGACUUCGCGGUGUGGAACCUUGGCGCCAAGAAGGGCUUGCGAGCAGAGGCUGCUUUCAUUGACAGCAGUGAGGCGACGUUGAACACAAGGUUGCGGGAGGGCCAGACUGUGCUUGUGCACUUGCACGACGACGAAAAGCUUCUGCCUCCACUGGAAUGGUCUGGCGUCCAUCUCAGGCCGGAAGAUGUACUUGCGCACAACACGUGCUCGAGCAGCACUGGUGGACAUGAGGAGCAACCCUUGUGCAAGUGCCAUUGUCAUGUCACUUCCACACCGCUUGUAUCCUUGUAA